AAUAGCGUGUGAGAGAGAGACAGAGAAGAAGAGAGGGAGAAAGAGGGACACGAGACAGAGAUCAGACAGUGAGGAGGACUUUUCCAGGGAGCUUAGGUCCUGGCAGUGGAAGGAUUACAAGGACAGAGCUGAUCAGUAUUGGACCUUGACAAGCCUAGUACAGCUGCCCGCAUGGGACACAGGACUACAACCAGAACAACAACCUAACCCCCCUGUUCUAUAAUGGGUUAUUAUCGGAGCACUCCCCCAUGUUCAUGUAACUGUACUGCGUUUGAAUGAGCCUGUUGAUGGAUUGUUGGGCUCUGGAUCUCUGGAGUGACGCGUUGGGAGCGAGGAACUUGUUGCGCUUCCAUAACCUGAAGGAGAAGUGAAUGACAAGACCCUUUGUGACUGAGUUGGACUUUUCAGUUAAAACACAAGGGUAAUGUUAUAUCUGGCCACCGUCAAUCUCGAUCUGUGAUUAUUGAUACAAGCAUCUGUAAGAAACUAGACAGAUCACUUGGGUCAACAUUAAAUUAUUACCGUUAGAGAAGCAAAGAAGUUACAAGAUUUGAUGUUAUUUGAGAAUCCAAAAUUGCUAAACUGUUGACAGGGAAGAUGAAAUCAGCACUGCUCAAGGCUCUGACUGCGUUGUAAGUUGAACACCAUUGUGGCCGACUGUAACCUGAUCUCCAACACACUGCAGUAAUUACAAGGUGCAUGCAGGGAAACAUAAAGAGAGAUUUGUAAUUAGACCUGUCUAUAAAAAGAGCCAGGCAAAGGGCGAGGUCCCCACACAGAGAGAGAGAAAGGGGGAGAGUCAGGCCAAGGACACCCAACUUGAAGGGAGGGAGGGGGGCUGUCUGGAGGCAUAGGAAGGAGGCUGCCUGGGGGCAAAGGAAAGAGGCUGCCUGGGGGCAUAGGAAGGGGGCUGCCUGGGGGCAUUUUUGAGUGUAAGUGACACCCAGACCCCCAAGGCGGGGGCAACGACACCUAACCUGAAGGGAAGGAGGCUGCCUGGAGUCACCAUUGGGAAGAAGAUACACCCAGACAGCUUUUGGUAAUUAGGGGACAGGAGGUGUGACCAUGGACCCCCAAGGCGGACACUACCUGAACAAGGCGGCGGUGCUGUCUCCUCUAGGAGCGGCCCGUAUGCUCCAGCUUCUCCUGGGCUGCACCAUCAUAGCCCUGGUGGCCCAUAGCGCCGGAUACAACCACGCCUAUGGUAUCUACUGCAUGUUUGUGUGGUGCUUCUGCUUCGCCAUGACGCUGCUGGUGUUCACCAUGGAUGUGACACGCCUCCCCUGCUGCAUGCCCAUUUCCUGGGACAACCUCACUGUGGCGUUCGCCAUGCUCGCCACACUCAUGUAUGUCGCCGCCUCCGUAGUCUACCCCGUCUACUUCCUGCGCUCUCAGUGCUCCAAGUCGGACGGGGGCUGCGAGGUGCGCAACUACCGCAUCGCUGUCACCGUGUGCUCCAGUUUCUGCUGCUUCGCCUACGCGGCUGAGGUGUUCCUGACCCGGGCCAAACCCGGCCAUGUGGUGGGCUACAUGGCCACCAUGUCAGGCCUGCUCAAGGUGGUCCAGGCCUUCGUGGCCUGCAUUAUAUUUGGGGCCCUGGCCAACGGCAGCGAGUACAACCGCCACAUCCCCACUCAUUACUGCGUGGUGGUCUACAGCCUGUGCUUCUCCAUCACCGUGGUCGUGAUCGCUGUGACCGUGUCAGGAAAAGCCUCGGCUCUGCCCCUGCGUUUCCCCUUCGACCGCUUCGUGAUCAUCUACACGUUCCUGGCGACGCUGCUGUACCUGAGCGCCGCCCUGGUGUGGCCCAUCUUUAGCUUCGACAGGAAGUAUGGCACGCCGGGUCGCCCCGACGGCUGUCCCUGGGAGAACUGUCCCUGGGACAGCAAGCUGGUGGUGGCGGUGUUCACCCAUGUCAACAUGGUGCUGUACUUCAGCGACCUAAUCUACUCCCAGAGGAUCCGCUUUGUCUCCCACUCCGCUGCUUGAGGACCCCUCCACCCUGCACUCUGCUGCCUGAGGACCCCUUCACCCUCCUCCCUCAAUGGCUGAUGCCUGAGGACCCCUCCACCCUCCUCACUCCACUCCGCUGCUUGAGGACCCCUCCACCCUCCACUCUGCUGCCUGAGGACCCCUCCACCCUCCUCACUCCACGCUGAUGCCUGAGGACCCCACCUCACUCCUGGGGACCCCUCUACCCUCCUCAGUCCUGGGGACCCCUCUACCCUCCUCACUCCUGGGGUGAAUCUCAAAAGUUUUUUCCUCGGUUCCUCAUUGGACACGGCGUACGAGGUAAGGGAGGAGAGCAUUGGAGAAGACAAGAGGCGAUACGAUAUUUGAAUGGACUUCUGCCUCGAUCUGACGUUGUGAGGAGGCGUGGAGAGGGGAUACGAGGAAUAGAGGGUAUAGACUUUUGAGUUGCACCCCUGGCCCUCAGAGACAGACAGAGACCACACUGGAAAUGACACACAGCAUCUCCACUCAAGUGCCUCUGAAUGCCCCAUGCCUACUACAGAUUACAUAUCGCCUCAAUGAUGUUAUGGCUUUGUGCCUUGUUGUGUCAUUCUUAACAUCCGUGCUGUGUCUUUCUUAACAUCCGUGUUAUGUCUUUCUUAAUAUCAGUGUUGUGUCUUUCUUAACAUCAGUGUUGUGUCUUUCUUAACAUCAGUGUUGUCUUUCUUAACAUCAGUGUUGUCUUUCUUAACAUCAGUGUUGUGUCUUUCUUAACAUCAGUGUUGUGUCUUUCUUAACAUCAGUGUCUUUCUUAACAUCAGUGCUGUGUCUUUCUUAACAUCAGUGUUGUGUCUUUCUUAACAUCAGUGUUGUGUCUUUCUUAACAUCAGUGUUGUGUCUUUCUUAACAUCAGUGCUGUGUCUUUCUUAACAUCAGUGUUGUGUCUUUCUUAACAUCAGUGUUGUGUCUUUCUUAACAUCAGUGUUGUGUCUUUCUUAACAUCAGUGUUGUCUUUCUUAACAUCAGUGUUGUCUUUCUUAACAUCAGUGUUGUGUCUUUCUUAACAUCAGUGUUGUGUCUUUCUUAACAUCAGUGUUGUCUUUCUUAACAUCAGUGUUAUGUCUUAACAUCAGUGUUAUGUCUUAACAUCAGUGUUGUCAUUCUUAACAUCAGUGUUGUCUUUCUUAACAUCAGUGUUGUCAUUCUUAACAUCAGUGUUGUCUUUCUUAAAAUCAGUGUUACGUCUUUCUUAACAUCAGUGUUACGUCUUUCUUAACAUCAGUGUUACAUCUUUCUUAACAUCAGUGUGUCACGCCCUGACCUUAGAGAGAUGUUUUAUUUGGUUAGGUCAGGGUGUGAUGUGGGGUGGGCAUUCUAUUUUUUGU